AUGUCGGGAAGUAGUAAAAAUACUCGGUCAAAACGAAAGGUCGGUGUGGACACCGGUGAUGCGAGUCAAAGAACGCAUAAUACAAGUGGUGGUUUAACGGUGUUGGUCACGGAUAUUCAAGAGGUGAGGGAAGACUCUAAUAAAACCUUACCGGGAAGAUCGUGCAAAACGUGUGGUGGUCCGGAUACCAAUGAUAUGGUACAAUGCGACGAUUGCGAUAAAUGGCAUCAUUUCGCCUGUGUAGGAGUCGAUAAGGAAAUCGAACAACAUGAAUGGAGUUGCCCUAAAUGUAUAGCUGCUGCAACCAGGGUCCAGAAACAAGGUUUCGUUUCCAAUAAGACUUCGAGCGUAGGACGAGAUUCAUCAGUUAGCAAAGAGCAUUCAAGAAAAUCAUCGAGUCUCGUAGGAUCAAAACUAUUCAACAAAUCAGCUUCAUCUAAACAAUCAGUUGCGCUGUCGGAGAUGUCGCACGCAUCUUCUCGUCAUUCGAUGCUCAAUUUAGAGCUUCAGAAACUGGAGGAAGAACAUGCCUUAGCGCAACAGGAAGCAGAAAGACAGCGCACCUAUCUUGAAAAGAAAUAUAGUAUUUUGAAACAGAUGUCCCAUCAUGACGGCUCUAAUCCUAGUGAAGGUAACAGUCAGGUAGAUGAUUGGAUCGAGGAUGUCAAUAAUGUGGAUUCGCAUAACUCAACCUCUAAUAAAUCUGAUCGGAGUUUCGGUCCUAAACUUUAUUCAACCAAUAAUCUGCCACAACCAUGUCCGCUAGGAUUUCAAAACAAGACUUCAAGUGCUAGUUAUGGUGCUUCCGACUUCAAUCGUAAUACGACCCGUAAGCAUUCUCUGCCGUCAAGAUGCAGUCGUCCACCUACUCGUGAACAGAUUGCAGCUCGCCAGGCAGUGUCCAAAGACUUACCUCAAUUCUCCGGAGAUCCAGAAGAUUGGCCGCUAUUUUUGUCAACGUUCAAUAGCACCACUGCGAUGUGUGGCUUCACUGACGAAGAGAACACCAUACGACUGCAAAGGUGUCUGAAAGGUAGAGCGUACGACGCCGUUAAGAGUUGUUUGAUGCAUCCCUCAAAUGUCAAAAGUGUAUUAGCAACAUUGCGAAUGCUAUUUGGACAACCGGAGGCCGUUGUAAACUCGUUAGUAUCAAAAAUCAACUUAUUACCGAUGAUGGAGGAGAACAGUCUUGAAACAAUCGUGGACUUCGCAAUUAACAUCAAGAACUUUUGUGCUAUAGUCGAUGCGUGUGGCUUAGAGGAAUACUUAUACAAUGUCUCUCUCCUGCACCAGCUUGUGAGUAAGCUUUCACCAACGAUAAGGUUGGAUUGGGCUAGGUACAGACAAACACUUCCUUCUGUCAACUUGGCGUCGUUUGGGAACUGGAUUUACUCUCUUGCCGAGGCAGCCAGUACUGUAACGAUUCCCCCUAUCAUUCAGGCACCUAAGUUGACUAAAAUCGAGCCGCUUGGAAGCAAAAAGAGGAGUGCCUUCACGAAUGUUCAUGCCGAAACUCAACAUGAUUUGGUGUCUUCAAGUCAACCAAAAAAUCUGACAUUCGUCAAGCCACCCGCCAUUGAUAUAUGUCUAAUUUGCAAGGGAACUUGUAGAACAGCAGAGAAAUGCAAACAGUUUCUCGAUCUUUCCAGAGAUUCUCGAUGGGCAGUGGUUAGAGAAUUUGGGCUGUGCCGCAGAUGUCUUCAUCAGCACAGCGGAGGUUGUAAAACGAAGCCAUGUGGCAAAAAUGGUUGCGAAUUUAAACAUCACGCUCUACUGCACAAUGAUCAGAAAGACGCUGUUGCGACUGAGAACCAAUCGAAGUCAACGUCUAGCGCAUCUUUGUCACAAUCCGAACCCAGUAAUGGACCUCGGAGUUGCAACGCUCAUGCAAUCGAUGGUGCAGGCGUGUUCUUUCGAUAUUUACCAGUCAUUCUACAUGGAAACAAUCGAUCAGUUGCAACUUACGCGUUCUUUGACGACGGUUCCGAACUUACAUUGCUCGAUCAAGAAUUAGCCGAUGAAUUAUCGUUGGAAGGUGAUGUUCAACCUCUGUGUCUUCGUUGGACUGGAGGGGCUCAGCGAAACGAGAAUAAAUCCAGGAUUGUUAAUUUGGAAGUAGCCGGGAUAAGACGAAAUUCCAAGAAGUUCCGCUUAAAUACCGUAAGGACCGUCGAUAAACUAUUGCUCCCACUUCAAACACUAGACUUUGAGAGGCUAGCUAAAACGUAUCCCCACCUUCGUGGUUUGCCUAUUGCUUCAUAUUGCGAUGCUCAACCGCGUAUUCUCAUCGGAAUGAAACACGCAGGAAUAAAUGUGGUUCAGAAAACCAGAGAGAUGGGAAUAGAUGAUCCGAUUGCUGUGAAGACACGUUUAGGCUGGACCAUCUGUGGUAGCUGGUUGAAGGAACGCACUACUGAGUCUUCACUGUGCACGUUACAUGUUCAAGAGAGUGAUCUAGAUGAAGGCACCGAUGAGUCGCUGCAUCUUGCCAUGAAGGCGUAUUUCGCGCUUGAAAGCCUUGGGUUGGCGAAAACUGAAAUAACUCCUUUAUCGUCGGGUGACCAGCGCGCCCAGUAUCUGCUUCAGUCUCUUACAAACUUUCAAGGAGACCGCUACGAAACAGGGCUACUGUGGCGUUACGAAAACAUCCGUUUGCCUGACAGUCGACCGUUGGCCCUCCGUCGCUAUAAUUUUCUUCAAAAGCGUUUAGAAAAAGAUGCCCUGCUAGCACAAAUCCUAAACGAAAAGAUCGUUGAUUAUUUAUCCAAAGGUUACGCACGGAAACUUACCAGUGAAGAGCUGAACAACGUCUACCCCCGCGUGUGGUAUUUGCCAAUAUUUCCGGUUUCGAAUCCGAAUAAACCCGGCAAGACUCGUAUUGUUUGGGAUGCAGCAGCUAAGGCUUUCGGCGUGUCUUUAAACUCUGUCCUAUUGAAGGGCCCUGAUCAACUAUGCUCGCUGUUAACGAUCCUUCUACAAUUCCGUGAGCGUCGAGUUGCCAUGACUGCUGAUAUACGCGAGAUGUUCCACCAGAUUCGAGUUCGUGAGGAGGAUCAGCAGUGCCAACGCUUUCUUUGGCAAGACGAAAAUGGGGAAAUCGCAACAUACGUUAUGCAGGUCAUGACCUUUGGAGCAUGUUGCUCACCGUGUUGCGCUCAAUUCACCAAAAACUUGAACGCCGCGCGCUUCUCCAACUCGUAUCCAGCUGCUGUAGAAUCCAUAACUAAGCGUCAUUAUGUAGAUGAUUUGUUAGUAAGCGUAGAUACGGAAAAAGAAGCGAUUCAGCUAGCUCAUGACAUUUGGUACGUACAUUCCAAAGGCGGAUUCGAAAUUCGUAACUGGUUGAGUAAUUCGAAGACAGUACUAUCGCAGUUGCGAGACAACCCCUCAAAUGAGAAAAACCUGGAUCUACAGUACGAAAUGGCCACCGAGAAAGUUUUGGGAAUGUGGUGGCAUACAGCGUCAGACAUUUUCAUAUAUAAAGUCGGGUGGGCCCGCUUCGAUCAUUCAUUGUUGUCCGGUCAACGACGACCAACCAAGCGAGAAGCAUUACGAGUGUUGAUGACGAUCUUUGAUCCCCUCGGUUUAAUCGCCCACUUCCUCAUGUAUCUCAAAAUAUUGCUACAAGAAGUUUGGCGAUCAGGAGUCCAAUGGGAUGAAGAUAUCAAUGACGAGGCUUUCCACAAAUGGUUAAAGUGGAUUAAAGUACUACCUCAAGUUGAAAAUGUGCAAGUUCCGCGCUGUUAUAGCCUUGAUUCGUCACCAGGCGAUAGUGACGAUACGCAGUUGCACACACUUGUAGACGCUAGCGAGAAUGGAAUGGCAGCCGUCUGCUAUCUUAGAUUUGUCCAUGAUAAUAUUGUUAGGUGCUCGAUUGUCGUAGCUAAAACUCGUGUAGCCCCGCUCAAAUUUGUGUCAAUUCCUAAACUGGAACUUCAAGCAGCUGUUAUCGGUGCCAGAUUAGCACGAACAGUCGGUGAAUCUCUUUCUAUUCCGAUAUCCAAAAGAGUAUUCUGGACGGAUUCGCGUGAUGUUCUCUGCUGGAUAAAUUCAGAUCACCGACGUUAUACACAGUUCGUGGCGUUCCGGGUUGGCGAAAUUCUAGAAAAUUGUGAAACAAACGAGUGGCGAUGGGUACCUACCAAACAAAACGUUGCGGACGACGGAACGAAAUGGGAAAAAUUGCCAGAUUUCACGUCAAACAAUAGAUGGUUUGUGGGACCCGCCUUUCUCAGGCGUCCAGAGGCGGAAUGGCCUAAACAGUCUUCUAAUUAUGGCUCAACCGAAACUGAACUUCGUCCCCAUUUAUGUCAUCAUCGCAAAGUUUCCGAAACACUCAUUCGUGUUACGGAUUUCUCUAGUUGGAAACGCCUGGUCAACGUUGUAGCAACAAUAUUCCGUUUUCCAAUAAAUUGCCGUCUGAAGCUCCGUCAGCAACAAAUCUACAUAGGACCAUUUUCUAUGGAGGAAUUGCGCACAGCAGAGAGAUAUCUUAUACGUCAGGCACAGUUCGACGUCUAUCCCGAGGAAGUAACCGCCUUGUCUCUAAUGAAACAUGAACCACCUGCUAUCAAAAACACACUUUCAAAAAGCAGUCCAUUGUACAAGCUCACUCCGUCGCUUGAUGUUCAUGGAAUACUACGAAUGCGAACAAGAAUAGCAGCUUGUCAUUUCGCCACCGAUGACGCAAAAAGUCCAAUUAUCCUACCACGUGACCACCACUUAACCACACUGAUAAUUGCGUACUUCCACAACAAGUACCAUCACCAGAAUCAUGAAACAGUUAUCAACGAGUUGCGCCAAAAAUACCACGUAUCUCGAAUCCGUGUCGAGUACGGCAAGGUCCGUAGAAACUGUCAACGAUGUAAAAACGAAUCUACGACACCCCAUCCUCCAGUAAUGGCGGAUCUACCAGAAGCAAGACUUGCAGCCUUCACACGUCCCUUUACACACAUCGGUAUCGAUUGCUUCGGACCAAUGGAAGUUGUGUUGGGCAGACGUGUUGAAAAACGUUGGGGAAUGCUGAUCAUAUGUUUAACUACCCGUGCUAUUCAUAUUGAAGUAGUUCAUUCACUUAGCACUAAUUCCUGCAUUUUGGCACUUCGUAAUUUCGUCGCUCGACGCGGUACUCCAAGGAAAAUCUAUAGUGAUCGUGGAACGAAUUUUAUUGGUGCCUCUCGCGAGCUGAAAGAGGCUGAAAGUUUGCUUGAUCGGCAAGCAAUCAUGAAGGAGUUCAUAAGCCCAGAUACGGAUUGGGUGUUCAACCCUCCGGCAGCCCCGCAUAUGGGAGGAAGCUGGGAAAGGUUGAUCCGUACAGUUAAGAAAAAUUUGAUGGCGAUACAACCUACGCGAAAACCUUCCGACGAACUGCUCCGUAAUUUACUGACCGAGAUUGAAUUUACUGUUAACUCUCGCCCCCUGACACAUGUUGCUGUAGAUGAGGAUUCGGCCCCUGCGCUCAGCCCAAACCAUUUUUUGUUGGGUUCUUCGAAUGGCGUGAAGCCUCUUACUUCAAUAGACGAUAACAAAUCUACACUACAACAGAAUUGGAGAGCUUCGCAAAUUUUAGCAAACCAGUUCUGGAAACGUUGGAUCACCGAUUAUCUUCCCGAGAUAACCCGACGAACAAAAUGGUUCAUAUACACCAGGCCUUUGGCUGUUGGCGACGUGGUGGUUAUAGUAGACCCGAGUUCACCCAGGAACUGCUGGCCGAAAGGUAAAGUAAUUCACACGUGUAGCGGCCGCGACGGACAGAUACGAUCUGCAACUGUUCAGACGGCGAGCGGAGUAUAUGAACGACCAUCAACAAAGCUAGCAGUAUUGGAUGUUCGUCGCGACAAUGUGUAA